AUGGGUGACCCCCAAAUCCCCGAACCCAAGCCCACCCAGAAACCCUCGUCGCCGCCCGACCCGCCCAGAAUCCCCUCCGCCGGCGGAGGAUUCUCCCACAGCCCUCACUACCCGAACCCGCCGGAGUCGGCGAAUCCCGACGCCGCCACGCUCAGGGAUCAAUGGCGGUUCGCGAUCAGGCAGUACAGCAAGUGGUACUCCCACGCUUGGGGCACAGCUAUACUGGCCGGCCUCUCGUUCUUCGCUCUCGGAUGGGCUAUCAAAGGAUCCAAUCCUCUGCCUUCCUUCAAAUCCAACGAUACGAAUAAAUCUUCACCGUCCGGCGGUAGCGGUGAUGAAGAUAAAGCUACGGCUGAGGUCCCUCGACCGCGUUGA